UGUGAGCAAUGGUCAUAAAAUAAGCUUAAAUACCCAUAGAUCAAACAACAAAAUAAAAUAAAAAAUACUAUAGGUUAAUGGGAGGCCUGCGUUGAGCCCGCAGUGAAAGAAGGAAAGGGACACAACAAGUAAAUAUGGCAGAUCGUCGUCGCCAAGAAAGCGCAAAUCUGGCCAAAGAACACGCAAUAGGCAUUUUAAAUAGACUACAGCACUUGCGAAGACUCAACACGAUGUGUGAUGCCGUUCUUAAAGUAGAGGAAAAGCAAUUUCCUAUCCAUAAGAUUGUAGUUUCAGCCUGAAGUCCUUAUUUUGAGGUGUUGUUUAGUGGCGGGCUGAGAGAAAGCUACCUAGACACCGUGACAAUUCAAGGCAUCGAUAGCGAAACAUUCAGUGCGUUGUUAGACUUUAUAUACACGGGAGUAAUCAAUGUAAACGAAGAAAACGUACAGCAACUUUUGCCGGCCGCGAAAAUGCUCCAACUAGACGCAGUAGAAAAGUGUUGUUGUGAUUUCCUGAUGCGUCAACUUGAACAUGCUAACUGUCUAGGAAUUUACUUGUUCGCUGAAGCCCACAGCUGCGCAGAUCUGUCAACAAACGCUUUAGAAUUCAUUCACAGGAAUUUUGUACUAGUUUGUGAGAGCGAGGAGUACCUCGAACUCGAUAGAUGGCAUUUGCUACAACUUUUGGACUCUGAAGAUUUAAAAAUAGAAUCAGAAUGUCAAGUUUUCGAAGCAGCGAUGAGAUGGGUCAUGUUUGACAUGCGCAGUAGACGGGAAGCUCUUGGAAAAAUCCUAGAACGCAUCCGUCUGCCUCUAAUCUCACCCAAAUACUUUGAAAAAUUCUUGUCAGAGUGUCAAAAUGAAAGCUUGCAUCGGAUGUUAGGAAACAUCCUUGAAGGUUACCGUAGUUACCAAUCAUUGGCGCACAGUGCUGUCAAAGGCAUAGUCCAGCCUAGGAGAGCCUCAAGGAAAUGCUUUUACAUCAUUGGCGGGUACAGCAGAAGUGCUGGGGGCAGAUGGAGUGAUACUGCAUCUUUAGCAAAUGUGGAGAAAUUUGAUACAUUCACUCAGACAUGUUAUGGUUCUACCCCUACAUCAAUGAGUUAUCCCAGGAGUGGGCACUGUGUAGCAUCUGUCAGUGGUUUGGUGUAUGCGAUAGGCGGGGAGAACGACUCUUUGAUAUAUGACAUCACUGAAUGUUAUGACCCCACACUAAAUUCUUGGUCUGUUGUUGCUCCUUUGACAGCACCAAGAGUUGCAUGUGGCGCAUGUGUGGUUGAUGGAUUUAUUUAUGUUCUUGGUGGCUGGGUUGGAUCAGAGAUUGCAGACAGUAUUGAGCGAUAUGAUCCUAAAGAGAACCUCUGGGAAAUUGUUGGUAAAGUGGAGACCAAACGGCUUCAUCUUGGAGUAACUGAACUCCAUGGGAACAUAUAUGUGAUUGGUGGGAUCAGUGAGCUAGGUGAGCAACUUAAGUGCACUGAAAGCUUCAACCCAUUAAAAGACAAAUGGACAAAGCUUGCUGACAUGAGCACUAGACGUUCAUACCUUGGUGUGGCAUCUCUAGGGGACGCCAUCUAUGCUGUAGGUGGUGAGAAUGAGCAUGAGGGCGUUUUGAGAAGUGUGGAGCGCUAUGACUAUGCCACUGAUGAAUGGGUGUUGUUUGCCAUGCUUGAAACACCUAGAGCUGGGCUGAGUCUUGCUACCAAUAACAAUAUGUUGUAUGUAAUUGGUGGGAGAACAGCAGGUGGUGAGUUUAGUGCCCCUAUCACCAUGGCAACCAUUGAAGUCUACAACCAACAAAAGAACAAAUGGACUCAUGCCUCUGAUUUGUCUCUUAGCCGGUGUGAGUUUGGAGUUGGUAUUGUAUGAUGACUAGAAAGCCAUUAGAAAAUUUUCUUAGCACUUUGAUUGUUUACUGUUGUAGUUAGAGCCCAUUCAUUAAAAAACAGUAAAUGAAAAUGUAAUUAUAAAUUAAAAAAAUUAAAUUUAAAAUUAAACUCCAAAGGGGCAUAUACACACUAAAACUUAUCUCUGUCAAGUAAACUGUGUGGGACAUACCAAUUCUCCCUGUUUUUUUUGUGGGAGACUCGGGCAAGAGAAUUGAAACUUCCUAUACAUUUACUUUAAUAUCCUGGGAAAAUUCAUAAAGAAUUUCUUAUACACUUCCUGUAUUUGAAGCACAGUUUUUGAGCUUUCAAGGUUAGCAAGUGCACCCUAUAGCAGCCAGAAGAAGACCCCAUACAAUUUCAAAUUCUGAAUUUGGCCUAUGGCUGCAGGCCCAUACCCAGGGGGUUGCAUGGGGUGCACCCCCCCCCCCCCAGUGGCAGAAAGUCUACUCCAAUUCGCUAUAGAUGUGCUAUUUGUAGACAAAACUAUAAAGCUUAAGCGAUUUGAUAUAAAAAGACAUUCUAAAUCACUCUGCUGGUAUAUCAUAAAUCUAUAAGUGAAACUUGUUUUUGUAGCCAAAUAUGAUAAUAAAUGCCUGUGGAGAUACUGCAAUGACAUAAAAAAUCCCUUUUUAUCAGAAGACUCCCCCCAGGAGAAAAUUAGGUCUACUUUAAUUCCGGAUUUCAUGAAAACGUGAAUCGGCGCUCAGCGAAACAUAUUUUUGAAUGUAUGAAGGCAAGAAAUGUGAAGCUUGAUGACGACGUACGGUGACGUCACCUAAUCAUUCGAAACAA